CCGGCCUCCCGUCCAGGCCGUCGCUCCAACUUCCCAGGCGGGCAGCUUCCCACCGGAACAGCUGCUAUAAGUUAGUUGUCGGGCUACCCAAGGUACCUAGUAAGGCAAGUUUAGCAAGAGUGGUACGGAGCGCACCCACAUGUACAGCGCGCUCGGUACAUACAGUUGCCCAGCCAUAUUUAAAACUGGGGACUGCUACCAAAUACAUGACACGACCCCUCCAGCGGCAUCAGGACUUCUACCUUUCCUCUUCUUCUCCUUCUUUCCAUUCCUCCUUCUCUCCUCCUUCUUCCCUCUUCAUAGAACCAGUUCCAGAUACAUCCGGCAAAAAUGGGUUACGGCGAGCUUGACAAGAAGGCCAUCAACACCAUCCGCGUGCUCGCGGCUGAUGCCACCUUCAACAGCAACUCGGGACACCCCGGUGCGCCCAUGGGAAUGGCCCCGGUCUCCCACGUCCUCUUCAACAAGUUCAUGAAGUUCAACCCCAAGAACCCCAAGUGGCUGAACCGUGACCGCUUCGUUCUCUCCAACGGACACGGCUGCAUGCUCCAGUAUGCUCUCCUCCACCUCUUCGGUUAUGAUCUGAGCAUCGAUGACCUCAAGGGCUUCCGAACUGUCGGCAGCAAGACCCCCGGCCAUCCCGAGGCCCAUGACACCCCCGGCAUUGAGGUCACCACUGGCCCUCUCGGUCAGGGUAUCUGCAAUGCUGUCGGUCUCGCCAUUGCCCAGGCUCACACCGCAGCCUGCUUCAACAAGCCCGGCUUCGAGCUCAUCAACAACUACACAUACUGCUUCCUUGGCGAUGGCUGCCUCAUGGAGGGUGUCUCCAGCGAGGCCAGCUCCCUCGCCGGUCACCUCCAGCUCGGCAACCUGAUUGCCGUCUGGGAUGACAACCACAUCUCCAUUGACGGCAACACCAACGUUGCCUUCACUGAGGACGUUGCCAAGCGCUACGAGGCUUAUGGCUGGCAUGUCGUCACCGUCGAGGACGGUGACAACGACCUGGCUGCCAUUGAGGCCGCCAUCAAGGAGGCUCAGUCCGUCACGGACAAGCCCUCCAUUAUCAAGCUCAAGACCACCAUUGGCUACGGCUCCGUCAACCAGGGCACCCACGGUGUCCACGGCUCUCCUCUCAAGACCGAUGAUAUCAAGCAGCUCAAGGAGAAGUUCGGCUUCAACCCCGCCGAGAGCUUCGCCGUCCCCCAGGAGGUCUACGACCUCUACGGCAAGCACUCUUCCGAGGGUGCCGCCGCUGAGGAGGAGUGGAACCAGCUGCUCGCCAAGUACGGCGAGACCUUCGCUACUGAGCACGCCGACCUUCUGCGACGACAGACUGGCGACCUCCCCGAGGGCUGGGAGAAGGCUCUCCCCGUCUACACCACCUCCGACCCUGCCAUCGCUUCGCGAAAGCUGUCUGAGACUGUCCUCAGCAAGGUCGAGGCUGUCAUCCCCGAGCUUGUCGGUGGUUCCGCCGAUCUGACUGGCUCCAACCUGACCCGAUGGAAGAAUGCCGUCGAUUUCCAGCCCGAGAACACUGGUCUCGGUGACUACUCCGGCCGAUACAUCCGAUACGGUGUCCGUGAGCACGCCAUGGGUGCCAUCAUGAACGGUCUGUCUGCCUACGGCACCAUCCUGCCCUACAGCGGUACCUUCCUCAACUUCGUCUCCUACGCUGCCGGUGCCGUCCGUCUGUCGGCUCUGUCCCAGGUCCGCAACAUCUGGGUUGCCACCCACGACUCCAUCGGUCUGGGCGAGGACGGCCCUACCCACCAGCCUAUUGAGACCCUCGCUCACUUCCGUGCCCUUCCUAACUGCAUGGUCUGGCGCCCUGCCGACGGUAACGAGACCAGCGGUGCCUACUACGUCGCCCUGACCUCCAAGAACACCCCCAGCAUCAUUGCUCUCUCCCGCCAGAACCUUCCCCAGCUUGACGGCUCGACCAUCGAGAAGGCCAGCAAGGGUGGCUACGUCCUGCACGAGGUUGAGGGUGCCAACGUCACCCUCGUCUCCACCGGUUCCGAGGUGGGCAUUGCCGUCGACGCCGCCAAGCUCCUCUCGGAGCAGGGCGUCAAGGCUCGUAUCGUCUCCAUGCCUUGCUGCGAGGUCUUCGACCUCCAGUCCAAGGAGUACCGCCUUUCUGUCCUUCCCGACGGCAUCCCCGCCCUGUCCAUUGAGGUCAUGACCACCAUCGGCUGGGAACGCUACACUCACGAGCAGUUCGGUCUCACCCGCUUCGGUGCCUCCGGUCCCUACAAGGAUGUCUACAAGAAGUUCGAGUUCACUCCUGAGGGCAUUGCCAAGCGCGCUGUUGCUACCAUUGACUUCUGGAAGGGCGUCCCCGUCCGCUCCACCAUCAACCGUGCCUUCGAGCAGCUCAAGUAAGCGAAUAAGAAAAAUUAAGAUAAGGAACAAGGGAUGGAUACGCUGGAGAUGGCGGGAAUGUUUAUGCCGUGAUGAUGGUUUUUGGAGCAGGGUAAUGGUUAAAUAGACGUCUCGAAAUGAAUUCAAAGGCCUUUUAGAAC